ACUUGUUCAUAAGUGUGCCAAAGAAUCGUUUCAAAAUCUGACUUGGCUAAAAGGUUAUUCCCAAUAACGUCCAUUGUACAGUACAGCAGAACGGGUGAAGAAUGUCACUGUGUUCAACAUGAUACGAGGGAUAGUGCUCGAUCGAUAAUGGUGGGCCAUUUCACCUCCUCGACAGAUCAACUCGUUAAAGUAAUGCAAUUCUGCCAUCGCGUGACAUUUACGAUUUCCUGCUUUUUUCAACGGGCAGAUUUUCGAAAUUUGAAGGAUCCCUGCCGUCCUUUGUGCUUGAAACUGGAAGACUUGCAGGAUUUGCAGCCUUGCAUGGCAACGACUGCUAAAGGAGCGACCAUUCUAGCUAAAUCCGUCAGAAAAAAAAAAAAGGCUAGUUCCCGCACAAUGUAUACAGUAACAGUCCAUCAACUUUUAACGAAAAGCUAUGAUGUGUGUCCCAAAAAAGUCAAUUCGCUGCACUCGAGGCGAGAUGCCAAAAACCAACAGCCGUGACAUUCCUGUGUGGAUUCCUGGGUGUGAACGAUAGAUGUAGAGUUUGUUAAUAUGCAUGCGUCAGCAAACGUUUUUUGAUGCUCAGUGUGCCAUUUGCUGAAUGGGAUGGGCUCAUUGGAAAAUAAAAAAAUUGAAGAAGGUUUCAAGUAUUUGUCAUCAUAAAAUGUCAUUACAAAUUCAAAACGAUGUAUUUAGCUGGUUUUACGUUUGAUUUUCGUCAGGAAUUUCCAGCACCUUCUUGCACAGAUCUUUAUUUAAAAACGGGGACGAUCUCGUCUGCUCUUCAUUUACCCCACAAACUCCCCCACAUUUCUCCACAAAACAACAUGACUGUUAACGACGCUCUCGGUGGAACACCCGUCCUCACCUACUUUCCUUACAAACACCUUGGCCUCGGCGAGGUUUUCCGUCUCUUCUUUGCGGACGCCGGCAUACCUUAUGAGGAAGCACCUGCCACCAAGGAUGUAUGGCCAGGACUCAAGAAACAACUCAUGGAGUCUGGGGCCAACCCGAUCGGAAGCGUGCCCAUCGUCAAAAUUGGGGACAAGGUAUAUCACCAAACCAUGCCCACCGUCAAGUAUUUCAGCAAAAAGAUCCAAAAGUACUUGCCAUCAAGUAUCGAAGAUGAGUACUUUUUGGAUCAAAUGCAGGAUAUCAUCAGCGACUGGCGAUCCUACGUUCGAGCAAUAUUUGGACAAGAUGAAGCUGCAAAGCAAAAGUACCAUGCUGAGACGCUCCCCAAGUUUGUCAACGCUUUUGAAACCUUCCUGGGUCGCCACCCCGACGGUCCAUACUUGCUCGGCAAAGAGAUCAUGCACACAGACUUUCCCCUGUACCAAGCUUUCGCUGACAAUGGUAUCAGGACGGGUGGUAACUUGGCAGGGACACUAGAAGAGCAUCCUCGAGUGAAGGCAUUUAUAGAAGCCUUUGAAAAUCGCCCCCCAAUCAAGGCGCAUUUAGCGGAUAGGCAGUAAGACUGUAGAUGUGUAUGCUGUAUUUGCAGAGAGGGUUGGAAAUUCUUUUGAAUAUAUGAUACCCAAAGGAGUUA